AUGGAGGGCGCCUUCGGGAAAUAUCUUUCUUCCCCCUUGUUCACCUUCACAGUUGGUGCCAAUAAGAAGGAAGUAAUCGUGCAUUCUUCUCCUUUGGCAGGGCUUUCUCAAAGCCUGAACACUCUUAUGACUGGUGAAAUGAUCGAGGCAAAAACUAGGCACGUUGACUGGUCCGAGGUCGAUCUAGACACAUUCGCUCGGUUAUGUGAAUUUGCCUAUCUCCGAAACUACACGCCCCCGUCAUUUCGCCUGAUCGAUGACAAGUCUCCUUCCAUAAAGGUCACAGAAACCGUAAAGGAAAAGAAGAAACGCAAAACACGCCGCUCGAAUGUGAACUGGGGCGAGCUUGUACAGGGGCCUGCACCUCAGCCUGAGCCUGUAACGGAGCCUGAGCCUGAAUUAGAGGCCCCUCCAGACGGAGCUCCCAAGUCAGACUCUCCACCCGAAGACGCUUUCUGUGAUGACCCGGAAAUUCCAUAUAGGGAGAGAAGCGUCUGGACUGGACAUUUGCGCGAUGCAUUUGAAGAGAGCCUCGUCGUUCCGAGCCCGCAAAGUGGCGACUUAGACUAUACUUUCACACCACCUGAAAAUACCGGGUCCUGGGAAGAUUUCACCCCUGUGUUUCUCGACCAAGCCCGACUAUACGUGCUGGCCGACAAAUACGGCAUAGAAUCGUUGUGCCAGCUGGUACUUUCUAAAUUGCAUCAAACACUGAAAAACUUUAAGCUGUAUGACACAGGAGUGUGUGGUAUUAUUGAAUUUGUUCGAUUUGUCUACUCAAACACCCCAACUUACGGCAAUAAGAUUGAUGCCAUGAGGAAUUUUGUAACACGUUAUGUUGUUUCUGUUCUUGGUCAAAUUGGUGAGAAUAAAUAUUUCCAGGAACUUUUAGAAGAAGGUGGUCCUUUCGUGUAUGAUUUCUGGCAAAUUAUUUGGUGUUGA